AUGUCAGAUCAACAUAAGGGUUUGUUGGAAGCUGUGAAAGAAAUUUUGCCUACUGCAGAACAUAGGCAGUGUGCAAGGCAUACUUUAGCCAACUUUAGGAAAAGAUUUACAGGUGUGCAUUAUGAGAAGAUGUUUUGGAGGCCAUGCAAGGCAUCCACUGAGCCUUUGUUUAAUGCAGCAAUGAAGGAAAUCCAAAUUUUGAACCCUGUAGCCUUUGAAUACCUUAUGGAGAAGAACCCUAUAUCAUGGUGCAGAGCUUUCUUUCAGGAGGGUACGAUGUGUGAUGCAUUUAAUUUGAGCAUGAAAGGUAGUGCAUGGCCUGAGUUUAAACCAUGUCCUACAAUUAGAACAUUACUUAAUAAACUUAAAAAAGCUCAAAGAUACUACCAGGUUCUACCAACAGGUUUAAACCAGUUCGAGACAAGAAACUUGGCUGAGUCUUACGUGGUGGAUUUAGACAAGAAGACCUGGUCAUGUAGAGUGUGGCAACUGAAUGGCUAUGGUUGUGUGUAUUCGGUUGAAACCAUUUUCUUUCUUAAUAGGAAUGUUGGAAGUUAUGUGGAUCCAAUGUACUUUGGAGCAUUUUACAGGAACACUUACAAAUAUCCAAUGAAAGGGAUGAACGGGAGCAAUAUGUGGCCAUGUACUAACUAUAGUCCACCACUACCACCUUUGAGGAAAAAAUUGUCAGGCAGACCUAAAGUAAAUAGAAGAAAGGACCUAAGUGAAAAGGCUACAAGGCACACGGUCUCAAAGGUUGGAAAGAGAAUUUUAUGUAGUAUGUGUAAAGAGGUUGGACAUAACAAGGUAGUGGAACAAAAAAAUGAAGGCAGUAAUCCAGGCGAAGGAGGUAGUGGAACAAAAACAAAUGAAGGCAGUAAUGGAGGUGAAGGAGGAAGUGGAACAAAAACCAAUGAAGGGGGUAACAAAUGUGAAGGAGGUAUUGGAAAACAACCUAAAGGAAAAGACACUACAAGGAAAAUGAAGUAUUCUGAAAGGAUUAUAAAAAAGAAGUUGGGUAAAAGGGUUGAAGGAAAGAAUGGAGAAGACAAUACUAGUGCUAAUCCACUAGAUAUUGAAUAA